AUGAGGUCACGAGUCAAGAGUUACGCCCCCUUCUCCCAAUGGUUGUUCCUUUCUCUUCUUCUCCUUUCCCUUUCUCUUCCUUCCAUCAUCAAUUCCCUUCCUAUCAUACCAACAACAUUUAUCCAAAUUGAAACAAUGACUCGCUCGCACAAAUUGAAUGACCGUGAGCACCCAGUCGAAGGCACGAUGGGGACCCGCGACAAUCUGCCGAGAUACUUCGGCAAGACAGGCCCGACUGACGCCGACCCUCGCAAGACAAAGAAAGACGGAGGUGGCAAGGGCAAUUGGGGUCGAUCCGGAGAUGAGAUGCAGGACACCCACUACUCGUUCGCCAAUGCUCGGCGUCACUCCAACAGUAGCACACAUGGUCUGUCGGACUUCAAUACCAAGUUUGAGGGCAUUGACCAGGAACCCGUCUUCGAGGAGGAGGACUACGGCGAUGCUGGCAUGACUAAUGAGAGCAACAUGACCAAAGUUGAUAGUGCCAGCAGCAACAGUAGCGAGGCUGAGCGGAGAGUUUAA